AUGAUCUUCAUCGCCGCCUUCGUGCCAUCGGAAAAUGAUUCAUUGGCCGGCCUCUUUGGUGGAAAGCUACCUUCUGCGCUUGUUCCUGAAUCUGACGGGACUCUGGUGCCGACUGAUCCUAUCCACCUUUUCUAUCAUGACGUACCCGAGGAAGAAGCCCAAUGGGCCAAGAAUACAAUGGUCGCUCAUGGAACGAAUGUGCAAUAUGCUACUAUCAAUUGCGAUAAAGUGGCAUGGCGUGUUAUUCCACUGACGUAUAUUAUCUGUGAAGAGGAUCAGGGACUGCUCAGCUUUUUGCAAGAGGGCAUGAUUGAGAAGGUUGAAGAACAGGGGGUCAUCGUUCAGAAGCAUCGGUUGCCUUCCUCUCAUAGCCCUUUUCUGAGUAUGCCCAAAAAGCUUGCCGGUAUCGUUUUGGAGGCCAUGAACUCAAGAUAA